UUCACAGUUUCCAAGGUAACUGGGCUGCUCUCCUGAAAGGAGCUACAUCAUCAGCAUCCCUCCAGCGAGAGCUGCAGUACAGCAGGCACCUCCCUCACACACCGCACUAUAAGGAAAAUGGAGUAGUGUUAUGCCAAACCAAACAUCCCCAUCCUCAGGACCACGCCGCGUUUCACCAUGAGCAUCGCCGUAUCGCCGAUGGCCACUGAGGCUUCUUCCCCUAUGAUCACUUCUGUGACCCCCACCCUCGAAAAUGACCCGGAUAAGCAUGAUGACCUGGAACUGUGCGGGGCUGGUGUUAGCGGUGAUGGAACGACCCACACACAAGAUCCUUACCGCAGGUACCAGAAGCCCCCACCCCUCCACACAGGGGCCGACUGGAAGGUCGUGCUCCACCUGCCGGAGAUAGAGACAUGGCUGAGGGCCACGACAGAACGAGUAAGAGACCUCACACAUUCUGUGCAGCAAGACAUCACCAAUAGACAUGUGGAUGUGCACCUUGUACAGCUCAAGGACAUCUGUGAAGACAUAUCCGAUCAUGUCGAGCAGAUCCACGCGCUGCUGGAGACGGAGUUCUCCCUGAAGCUCCUGUCCUACUCGGUGAACAUCAUCGUGGACAUCCGCAGCGUGCAGCUCCUCUGGCAUCAGUUACGAGUGUCCGUGUUGGUUCUGAAAGAGAGGCUCCUGCAGGGUCUCCAGGACUCCAACGGCAACUACACCCGCCAGUCCGACAUACUGCAGGCCUUCAGCCGGGACCACGACGAGACUCGACUGGAUGCUCUCACAGAAGUGGACGACUGUGGUCAGCUAACCAUUAAGUGCAGUCAGGACUACUUUUCUCUGGAUUGUGGCAUCACCGCCUACGAACUAGACGACUACAGUCCCAUCGAGGAUCCAGAAGGCCGAGGGCCCCGCUCCCUCUACCCCGAGUUGGAGCAAGACUUCCCUGAACUGCUCCAGAGCGUGGAUCUUCUCAACAUCGCGGUCUCUAGACAGAACCAGGGGUCAUCACCUUCACAAGAGCCUGUAACCACCCAAGAACCCGAAGAGACAAUCAGCGACUCCGCCAACGGCGACAUUGCACCAGAUACGGCAAUGCAGGGUGUGAGCCCACAAAGCGACAGCGGCCUUGGCGUUUCCAAACGUCCUCUUCAGGGUGGCUUUAGGAGUGAUGUGUCGCCCUCACAGCCCUUGCCCAAGAAGCCGAUGUACCUUGAGGGUGACGCAGAGAUGAGGAGGCCUCUGCAGUAUCAGGCGGAUAUAAGCAGGAGCACUCCGUCCCUUUUGGACCCACCGGAUCGUUCAAAGUUCUGGCUGGAGUUGGAAUCGGUGUAUCCGGGCAACGGGAGUCAAUCCUAUGAGAGUCUUCAUGCCACGACGGGGUGGAACCUGCAGAUGGGUCAACAGGUGUUCGAGAGACCCGGCAAUGCCCAAAUUCUCGAGAGACGCUCAUCUGAGGCUCUCCGGGGGUCACACACUCAGAUGUGCUCGAGUACAAACUUGAAGAAUAAGACAACGCAUUCUGAAGCCAAGCGGGCUUACAGCGACUCUUCCAGCCCUCCACCAUCUUCAGGGGAGGACAUCUCAGACCAUGACUCACGAGAAAUGUCCUCCAGCCCUGACGAUCGUGCCCCCACCGCAGAUUCCCUUUGGGCAAAUAGCCGAAAUAGCCGCAUCUCGGACAUAUCAGCCAGCCCCAAAGAACGCUGGUACGGCUCGGAUGAGUUCCUCGCUCUUCCAGCCCAUCUCAGAAAGACGGAGAUGCUGGCGAUGAAGCUGGAAAGCCUCGCCCAGGCUCUUCCACAGAGAUGUCUGCAGGAGCCCGUACAGGACGUCGAUGACUGGGAACUCACAGAGGUCAACCCCGAAUGGGAGAGCAACGCUGAUCUCAUGCUUCACCCCUUUAGGAAACCAUUCCAAGUGGGGCGAUUCUCACAGGCCUCUUCUAGUGACGUCGCCCCUUCUCUGGAUGAGAGUAUUGAAUCCGGGCCUCUCAGUGACCUGCUGUCGGGGGACGAGGGGGUGCGGAGUACACCCGAGUCCAGGGGAAGAAACGUAACAGAGGGGUGGCCCAGCGCACCAAAGAUGAUACUGCAGUGCACACCGUUGAUAGAGAAACUCAUCGAGGACAUACAGCACCAGGAUCACGACGUUUGGGGACAGAUAGAGGGUUUUGUCAGCAAACUGGAUGAGUUCAUCUGUUGGCUGAGAGACGCUUUAGAAACCACAGAGAACUGGACGCCACCUAAAGCAGAUAUCAACAGCCUCAAACUCUAUCUGGAAACACAUCUUAGUUUCAAACUCAACGUGGACAGUCACAGCGCUCUGAAAGACAGUCUCCUGGAGGAGGGACGACAUCUCCUGGAACUCAUCACCUCCCACAAAUCAGGGUUACGGGACAUCCUCCAUAUGGUCUCAUUCCAGUGGCAGGAGCUCCAGAGGCAGAUUCGCCGUCAACACAACUGGAUGCUCCGCACGCUGGACGCAAUCAAAACCCACAUCCUUUCCAGCGAGAGGAACGAGGAACGCGAGGCCCACAGUCUUCACGACAGCCCCAAGGUAGAGGUCCAACAAAGUCAUCGAGAGGCCCAGAAAGAUGUUCUGGAUCAGAUGAAAGUUAAACUGAAGAGUCAACAGUACAGCCCGAACAGCAGAAGUAUUGACUUCACCCGAAUGUCCAAAUCUAGCAGCCUAUCAGAGUUUGAGGCCGAGUACCAGGAGCUCUGGGAUUGGCUGAUGGACAUGGAAUCCAUAGUGACUGACAGCCACGAUCUGAUGAUGUCAGAGGAGCAGCAGCGUCAUUUGUAUAAAGGAAACAGUGUGGAGAUGUCCAUGUGGCUUCCAAAGAAAACCCAACUUCUAGGCUGGUCCGAAUCUCUGAAGAGAAGCGGCGUCGAACUGCCCGCCGACUUCGACCGUCAACUGAGUGCCCUUAGAAGCAAAUGGGAUCAACUGGAGAAAACCCUAGCGGAACAUGUGGAACCCAGCAUGGGCCGUCAUAGCCAGCGUGAUCUUCUGUCUCCGGACACCAACAGGAUGGUGACCCAGCUGGAGACCCGGAUAAAAGAGUUAAAGAUCUGGCUGAGAGAAACCGAGCUCUUCAUCUUUAAUCUGAACCUCAGACCAGAAGCAGAGCAGUGUGAGGAUGCCCAAGAUCAACAACACGGCCCGCAGGACAGCAAACAGCUGCAGCACUUUAAGGCUCUGUGUAUGGAGGUGCGGGGCAGACGGAGGGGCGUUUCCUCCGUGUUGAGACUCUGUCAGAAGCUUCUGGACGGGCCCGAGCGUCAGAGCUCAGAGUCAGAUGGACAGUCUCUGCAGCUGCUGCAGGUGAAUCUGGAGAGACGCUGGGAAGCUAUCGUCAUGCAGGUGCUACAGUGGCAGAUCAGACUCCAGCGCUCUCUGGGCAGAGACCAGGUCCCGGGAAACCUCAUUGAACCUUCGCUCAUGGACCUCCAGUGCGUGACGGAAGACUCCUGGGAAUGGGAUGAGAUGGACAUGACCAUUGGCAAUCUAGAGACGCAGGACUGUGAAGACAAGCCAAACACUGAAUCUGAAUUGCACCUUAAUUCCCCAAAGGAGCCUUUUAGUCCAACGAACGACACACAGCGCAAGGCAACCUUCAACACGGUGGAGGAGGAGAAUGCCUCCACACCUCGUGUUUAUCAAGUGUACAGUCUGCAUAACGUGGAGCUCUACCAUCAACCCCAAUAUAAACACAGAUCAUCUUCAACCAAAGCCAAAGUUCAGCAGCCCCUGUUGAAGAGCCUGAGCAUGGAUUCCUCAUUCUCCUCCACUGAAUCCCUGCCUGAUAUCCUGGGAGAGCUGUUAAAGGGGAAGCACGAGCUGCUGUCGGAGUUGACCAGGAGAUCAGAAAGCGAAAGUGGGAUAGUCAGCGAGGGAGACACGGAGACCACGGGUAACUCUGAGGUUUGCCUGCUCUUCCAGAGCGAUGAUUCGAAAGUGUGCGUUACUCUGACUCCACCCACAGUCGAUGUAGACAGAGUCUCAGAUGAAGACAUAGACAGAGUUUUGGAGCGUGCCAAUAGGUGUGCAGAAUAUGGCGACAGUCUCACCAUUGGGAACAGUGACCGGCGGAUGCACGUCAUGAAAAAGAAGAGGGAGGAGUGUCGAGAAAACAAGAGGAAACACUGCAAGGAACCAUUGGAGAUCUUCAUCAAUGACAUAAACCCUAAAGUUAACCAAAGCACAAAAGUUGAUGAAAUGGUAACCACAGAGACAAGGCUUCACAAAGAGUUCCCACAGUUAUCCCAGGGGUCUUCACUUGACUCCCUUUAUGCAGUAGGAGAGUUAUUUCCAUUUAGCAAAGAGACACUAACUCGUAGCACAUCCCUGGAAAGCUGGCUCGCUCCUUGCAAGAGCACGGAGGACGGCGGUAGUAAGGAAAGCCUAAGAGACAUUGGAUCGGCCAUGGAGCCAACAGGAGAGCUCAGCAGGAGAACUCUGGAACUGUUGAAACGCCUUGAAAAUAUCCAAAGCCCUCUUGCUCAGAAGAUGACGCGGAGCGUGUCUGACGUAACGCUCGAGAGCAGCUCGCUGUGGCGUGGACCACGCUCCACUGGCGCGUCCUCCUCUAUAAACGAGAGCUCUGCAGCCUCUCUCACAGAGCUGAGCAGCACUGAAGACUCAUCAGUGGCAUCCGAAGACCUGGCCGUGCAAAUGAACCGCUGUGUGGAUGCCGAAUCGAACGUAUCCUUCCAGAAGCAUUGCCGCAGCCAGCAGCAAACCGAAGAGGGUGAUGCGAGCGUCAGUAUGGUCGUCAAUGUGUCCUGCACCUCAGCCUGUACGGAUGAUGAGGAAGACAGCGACCUUCUCUCGAGUUCUACCCUGACACUUACCGAGGAAGAGCUCGGUAUUAAAGACGACGACUCGAGUGUCACCUCUGAUGAAGAGUACACUGAAGGCCCCUUUGCUCUUGGGAUGGACUAUAUAAAGGGCGAGUUUCAGAGCUGGAUGAAACCCAGACCUCAGUGCAGAGAAAAGAAUGAGGCUGAUCUUGUGGAUGAGUUGCAAUGUGGCACCCUGUCUAGAGAAAUCCUAUCACCCAUCAAAUCCGCCAACGACAGGCAGUUUCUCAGCCACUCAGCACUGAAACUCUUAGAAGCUGAUGCCAAUGCUAAAAACGAGAGCCUAAAUCAAAAAGGGGUGGACGGAAACCGUAAGGAUGCCACCAGAAGCUACAUCAGCCGUUUUGUGGACGACAUGGAGAACGGCAAUGUCGAGAGCGCUCACAGCAAGCUAAAGGAUGAAGAUCUGAACGAAGAGCUGCUGAGAGAGGAGGGAAGUUUGCUUACUAGGAAGGGGGAGUCGUUUAAAGGCUGUUACGUGACGGAUGCUGGAAAUGUCCUCAGAAGUGAUAUGCUAACCGCCACGUCUCCAUCCUCGUGUGAACAACUGAGCUUGAUCUCCAAAGAGUCAUCGCUGGAGGGGCAGCUGAAAGGCGAGCUUCCCUGUCACAGCUCUCGUUGUUCUUCACCCUCCAUCUCUCCAAUAGACGAUUGCUCGGCAGCACACGCUCGACAGAAACAGCUCGCUGCCUUCCUGAACGACGUUCACGAGAACCAUCAGGAAUGCGCUUCGGAUAUCUGCAGCCACUUAGCUUUCACAUCCAAGGAGGAGACGAAAAACGAAAACGUCCACGAUUUUGUGAUGGAGAUCAUCGACAUGACAUCCAUUGCCUUGAAAACCAAAGAGACGCAGGCAGAGCAGCCCACGGAGGUUUCCAAACCAACAUCUGUGUCUCAGAUCAAAGAGAAAGUGCUCGAACACUCCCACAGGCUCAUCCACCUGCGCAAGGGCGACUUCUACUCCUAUCUGUCGCUCUCCUCUCACGACAGCGAUUGCGGAGAGGUCAGCACUUGCGUGGACAACACGAGCGGCACCCCGAUCUUAUCCGGGACGCCAGAUAUCCGUGACGAGGAGCCGCUCUUCGAGGCUUGCACAGAGGAGGUGUACCUAGGCCCUCCUCUCUGUUACAGCAUGUCCAUUAGCAAACGGCCCACGAGACAUGCCGGCAAACUAAUAGAGCCCCUCGGUCUCCAGAGCUCAGCACCUCGCUCGGCCUGCGAUGAAUACCAAAAAGCACAUGGUAUUGCUGAAGAAAGUGUAGCUGGUAGCCAGCCGGAGUGCCAUAAUGAGGCUCCUUAUCUUAAUCCUUUACCACGUGAAACCCUGAUAGAUACUGUUGAAUGUUUUGCAGAUACUAAAAUGCUUGAAUCCAAUAUUUCCCCUGUAAUGACUAAGAUAAGAGUCUCUUGCUCCACUACAAAUCCUUUAAAAGAGGAAAGCGGCCUUUAUAUUAAUCCCAAAAUUAACUGUCCGCUGAUAAGGAAAAGUGAUAGCGAUGAAAGGGCCCCCGCUUCACAGCCGACGACACACAAGAAUGUGGGGAAAGGCCGCAGCUCUGCGCCGGAAGUCAAGUCGACUCGUAAACAGCUUGCAAGGUCAGAGAACAUCAGUGAUGUUGCGGUGGGCCGCAGGGCUCCACAGACAAAUAGCUCAUCUGCAGGAAGGGUUGGAGUCAGCAGUAGGCCUCAGGUCAAGAAAUUCUCUGGAAGUCUAGCCACGUCUGUGUGUAAACCCUAACUGAUCUUGUUGGGGCUAUCUGAAGGCUUACACACCUGCAUUGUGAUUUUGGGAUCUGGAAGAAAAUCCACACCUACCUGGAUAUUAGUGCAUGGGCCGCUAGUCUGGCACUUUAGAGACCUGAGUCCUUCAUCCUCACUCUCUCCUCCUCCUCCUGGCUGCUUUGCUAUUUAGCCAUGACCUUUGAUCCCCGGUGACAUAAGCGUGAGUGACCCGCCACUCGAAGCUCCACCCUGGACUGAGCUACCUCACCAGUCUUCUACCAUACAUACUCCUGUCUGACACUUAAACACUCUUGUGUACAAAUAAAACCUAUUUCAUUAUCUGAUGGUACUCUAUCUGAUCAGCCGGCUACUGUUGGCACAAUGUUUGCAUCCUCAGGGUCAAAGCUGAGGUGUGUUAUUUGAGGGUUGCCCCUAGCGCUUUGAAGUUUUCAGUGAAUCUGUAAUGUGGUCCUAGAUUUGGACGUGUUGCGUUCUCCAUAUGGUAAAAUCAGUUAUGUGGAGGUCACCAAAACUAUCUUCACGUUCCUCUAGGAUAGGAGCGUCUGCGUUUCUAUGCAACACGACGAUUGUGUGAUGUUGUGUGGCACGUGAUCUUCGGCAGUGUGAUGCUGUUUUUUUACUCCCGGAGAACAAUGAAAUGUAUAAACGUAACAUUUUGUGCCUUGCAGUUAUUAUACAUGUACAUUUAAUUAAACACUGCUUUUCCCUGUCGUGUGUCGGGUAAGCGGUGAGAAAGCGGAUGUCGGCGAGGCUGAUGUUGACGAAUGAGCAUCUGUAAAUAUGUAUACUGUACGUUUGAACGCUGUUGUAUAAUGAUGUCAUAAUAACUUCAUGUUAGUGUUUGUGUUAAGUGACGUGGAUUAAAUAGUGUACUGUUAGGCUGCAUGGUAAACUAUGUACGAGAACACUUCCAUAAAUAAACCAGAUUUAAUAAAGUGCACAUGUUGC